GAUAGUUCUCCACCUCUAGUUAGCACGAGGCGCCUCGAAAAAAAUAAAAAAAAGUUAAAUUAAAUUACUAUUAUAUUUGAAAUUUUCAAAGCCAGACGACAUGACGGAAGCUGAACAGGAGGUGGAGGUGAAUGGCACCGAGGCGGAGGAUGAGGGGCAGGAAGAGCAGGACACAAAACAAAAGAAACAAACGCGUCACGACGGCGGCGCUGCGGAUUUGGAACGUGUUACGGACUAUGCGGAGGAAAAGGAGAUCUCUGCAGCAAAUAUAUCCAGUGCGGUGGCACAGUUCGGCAAUCAGCGAAACAAAGAGAACGAGCUGCGUGUCGCCAAGGAAAAGGAGCUGCAAAUGGUCCAAGUGAAAAAGGAAGACAUCGAACUGAUUAUGAACGAGCUGCUGGUUAGCAAAGCGCAUGCCGAAAAGGUUCUACGGGAGCAGAGCGGCGAUGUUGUUGCCGCCCUGGAGGCCAUCAUCAGCAAUUGACGGUGCUACUGGAGUCCGGAC